AUGGUUGAUGUGCCCGACGGUCCUCGCAACGAGCCUCGCACCCUCCAAGCUCGGACGGCUAGGAAAGCGGAACUCUUCGAGGCGCGACACUCUGUCGUCAUGCAGGGGAUCCUGGAACAUCACAAGGAACUCUUGGACCGCCUUUCGACGCAAACCCUGAACCGCAAUAUGGGUGAUGGUUCUCUCACAGGAGGCCCGAGCCCGUACCGCUUGGUCGAGGCGCAGUGGCAGAGUCCCGUCAUGAAGGAAUUUGUUCGCGCCCUCGACGCUCACUACGGUAAUCCCUUCAAGAUGGAAAUGAGAGACGGCGACGCUCCCCCUGUGGGGCUGUGGCGCAACUGCUACAGCGAGGGCUGGCUGCAACAAUUGACGCCCUACGACGUAUCGGCUCUGCACAUUAUUGACGAAGACUAUCCCUUCCAGCUACCGGACGCCGAGGAGGAAGGCAGAAUCACUACUGCAUCUGACUAG